AUGACCAGCCAGACCAAACCCACUUUCCUCCCCCUUCCACAAGAGUUACGCGACAUCAUCUAUGAGUAUGCAUUCACAGACCACGUCGAUCUCCGUGGAACUGUGCCUCACAAUCACAACAUGGGUCUGCUAUCGACAUCCAAGCAGAUCCGCGCGGAGAGCCUGCCAUUGUACUUCAGCUUUUCGACCUUCACCGUGUCGACCGGGGCAGACUGUGUCCAGUUCUUGAAACAAAUCCCACAAAACUGCCAUCGCUUCGUCAAAAACGUCCAGAUCGAACAUCCGUGUCCGAACUGCAAACGAAACGAGCACACGCCAUUCCAACUACAUCUGGCCACCCUGCGAAUAAGACGCGAGAUGGUGGUCACGCAGCGUGCGUGUAGCGCAGCACAAGUGGAAAACAUCUAUGUUUUUCUGGCUACGGAGUGCAUCAUUCUGUCGAAGGGUGUGUUGAAGUGCAGGGUUUAUGUCUGGAAUGGCAAAAACGUCUGUAUUUGGACUUCGAAGCCUGAGUAG